GGCCCUGAAGCAUCUUGUCGCCCCCGACCAUGGCUACGGACAGCGAGGCUCCGAAAGGGUCGCCUGAUGAAGAACUCAACGACCUCCUCAAGGAAUUCGACGAGGUGAUCCAAGACUUCGACAACGGCAGCGCCUGCCAAUACGAAGAGCACUUGGAGGAGCUGAAGCGGCAGAACGCCUGCAGUGUCUACGACAGUGGGAUCGAUGAGCUGGAGAGUGCCAGCACCUCUCCGGGAAGCAGUUUAAACAGCAGCGAGGAAGACAUCCACUCCCCACUCACCCCUUCCUACUCCAAAGCUAAACUGGGAGAUACAAGAGAUCUGGAGAAUUACAUUGCUGACCUGGAUAAAGUGCUGGCUGACAUGUGAGAGGCGACGUUUUAUCUCCAGAGAAGGAAUUUUCCAGACGAUCGCUUCAGCUGGGCCUGCUUGCCUGCCUCCUCACUUUCUUUGUAUUCUUCCCUGGAAGGACCAAGCCAAGAGCCGACGAUCCAGAUUGAGGAUCUAUCCUGGAGAGGUCCCUUGGGGCCUUAGACUCCAGAUCGCAAAUCUCUUUGCAGACAAUCAAAUGCAGCUUUCCAAAAAAUACUAGGCCAGGGGGUGAGGGGAAGGUGAGACUAACAAAAUAUAGAUGUUACCUUUCGACUUGAAGGGAGCACCUUAGGGGUUUCAUUUGGAAAGGGAAAUUUUCCAUUGGCAGCUCUCCCGCUUUACUGGACCACAAGAACAGAGUGUUGCUCUCUAAUAGUAUCUGAGUGAAGAUUGUGCUGAAACCGUCCUCGCCUUUCCUUCCUGCCCUCCCCUUUUCUGUCCCCCAGAGUCCUUCGAAGGUGCCAAAGUGUCGUAACCCAAAUAACUCUAAGGCUGAAUAAGUGGGUGUUCCCCGUGGCCCUUGAGAUCCCAAUCUGUAAUCCCAUAAUUUCUUAAUGAAUUGCUUACAGAAUGGAGAAGCAGCAAGUUCUGGUGGCUAAAUGGUGGGCCUGGGAGUCCGAAGGACCUGGGUUCUAAUCCU